AUGUCUCAAAGAUAUUUAGUAAUUAUCCAUUGCGUUUUCCUUCUUUUGAAUUUAUUCAAAACAAAUUGCUAUUUAGUACAAUUUCACGGCAAUUCGAAAACGAAUCAUUAUCAAUGUGUUGGUUGUAUAAAUGAAAAAAAUGAAACGCUAAGAAGUAUCGAUAAUAAAAAUAAUAUAUUAAAUAGUUCUUUUCUACAUGUACAAGAAGAUGAUAAUAAUGAAUUUUAUAGCCUCAAAUUAAAUGAAAAAAACUUUAGAUGGAGUAUACCUUUAGCAUUAGGCUCAGAAAAAUCAAUUAUCGAUUUAGUUUUAACAAUUUCAAAUUCAUCUACUGCAUUUUAUUGCCAUGAUGAAAAUAAGCCAUCUUUAGAAACUGAAGUAUUAGGAUAUGAUUUAUCAAAAUCUACAGAUUUAAAAUAUGUUGAUUGUACAAAUGAAGAAUGUACUGAAAUUCUAGGAAGUAAUAAAUGUUUAAUUUUAGAUGAAUAUUUUAAAUUAUUAAAAGGAUAUGCUUUGAGAAAAAAAAGUUGUAAAAGUAAAUUUUGUGAUUAUGUAAAUAAAAUGAACUUUUUAAAUAUGAGCAAUCCUGGGGUAGAUAAAAAUGCAUCUGUAUGUCCAUUUGAUAAGAAAGUUGAUAAUGAUAAAAUUAAAGGGUUCUAUUUUAAUGAUUCAUUUUUAAUUAGUAAAGAAAAAAAAAUUACAUAUAAUUAUUUUGGAUGUAUAACAGAAAAUGAAAAUUUAAAUAUUAAUGAAAAUACAUCUGGUAUUAUUGGAUUAGCUAAUGAUUAUAAAGCUGAUAAGAAAUAUUCAUCCAUUUUAAAUGCUUUUAUUUCAAAUUCGGGAUCAAAAAAAAAUAUAUUUGGUUUAUGCUUAAUUGAUGGGGGUGGAUUUAUUUCAUUUGGUGGAUAUGAUAAAGCAGCAUUAGAACCCGCUUUACCUGCAAAAGAAAUAAAAGGUUCUGAAGAAUAUGAAGAUUUAGACACAUCAUAUAGAAAUCCAUUAUUAUCCAUUGGUGAUGAUUCAGAUAAUUUAAUUUGGACAAAUUAUUCUGAAUCUACAAAUGAAUUAUACAAAGUAAAAGUAACCAAAAUUAAUUUAAACGUAACUGAUGAUAAUUCAGAAUAUGAUGUUAAUAAAGAUUUUAUUCUCGAUACAUAUGAUUAUUUUAUAUCGCUACCCCGAGAAAUAUCAACUAAACUUACAGAAAAAAUUAAUAAAAUAUGUAAAGACUUAAAUGAUAAAUGUAAAAAUGUUGAAAAUUCUGGGACAUUCCAAAUGGGGAAUGAGCAAGUAGGAUCUUUCCCAGCCAUAGAAUUCUUUUUCAAUGAUAACAAAGUGGUAGUUCCCCCACACGAUUAUAUAAUAAACGACGGAGAUAACAAUUACAAAAUUUUAGUAAAACAUACUGAAAACAGUGAAAAACUUGGAAUUCCAUUUUUCUUAAGCAAAUAUAUAAUAUUUGACAACGAACAAAAGAAAUUAGGUAUUUCCCAAUCUAAAUGCCAAACUAACAACGCAUUUUCACCACAAGAUCAUGUUGAUAAAGUCCAAGAGGUAGUUAAAGAACCAAGUGAAGUUGUCGCAUCUCUCGAUGGAGAUAAAGAACCAGAUGUAGUAGUAGUACCAUAUGAUGAAUAUAAAGGUUUUUAUGAAAAAAAUAAAACAGCCAUUUUAGCAGUUUCUGGUGUUGCUGUUUCAGGAUCUAUUAUUGGAAGUAUUUUUUACCUUUUAUAA